GAAAAAUCGUUGUCGAUUUACUUUGACAAGCUCUUAAACAAAUUCAGAUACGCUACAAAUGAUUUCGUCAUAGCUCAGAUAUGUUUAAUUGGAUGGGUUGAACAACAAAACGGCUGCAUUUAAAGACUCUAAUUUCUCAAGGUAUGUGGAGGCGACAAUUAUUGAUUUUCCUCCUCAACACGGUGGAUCCGAUCGAUCCAGCCUACGGUGAAUCGUUCCCCGGUGGUAAGCUCAAUUGCAAGAUUGUAUAUAUAGACAAAGCGGGAGCACCAAAAUGUAUCAGUUUGCGCCCAGCCAGCACAUCAAUCACGUGUGUUUCAAGAUUAAUAAAACCAGCAUCAAAAUGAAAUUGUUCAUCGCUCUGUUCGCCUUGGUGGCCUUGGUGGCUGCUGGUGGUGAUCACUACGAAGAACAUAAGCAACAUAUUCCAAUCGUGCACAGUGAACUGGUCCAGAGCAACGACGGUACCUUCAAGUUUGGAUACGAAUCGGCCAAUGGAAUCGUCGCUCAGGAGGCAGGUCACGUCAAGAACUUUGGCAGCAAGGAUCACGAGGCCAACUUUGCCCAAGGAUCGUACUCGUACGUUGAUCCCCAUGGUGAAGUAGUUUCUGUGAGCUACGUUGCCGACGAGAAUGGAUUCCAGGCCCAUGGAUCGCAUAUCCCAACGCCACCACCACUACCAAAGGAGCUGGUUGAGGCAUAUGCCAAGGUGGGCAGCCACCCAGAGGCUCACCACGAGGAACCAGCAAGCUACAAGGGUCACUAAACAUAAACUGUACUGCCUUGGUGUUGAUACCAGGAAUACAACAGUAUCCAGAAUGUGAUAACCAAUGGAGUAGUGUUCUGUAGGUUUUCAAUUAUUUAUUAUAACGCAAAAAAAAUGCAAAUACUGUAUAAAUACUAUUAUAACAAACAAACUAUUAUUAUAAUUUGAACUUGUUUUUAACAAAGAUGACCAUUUUCCAGUUCAGGAUUGUCCAACGUAUGACCCGCGAGCCGCAUCCGGCUCACGAGAGCAUUUUGGGUGGCUCUCGGCACGAAUGAACAAAAAAAUCGAUAAAUUUCGCUUUUCAAAUUAA